AUGACUGUGCAGAUGCUAUACACAAAAUACAGUUGUCACUUACCGCGAUCACGCACAAAAUUUGCGCACAGCGCCACAUUAGCGCUGCUCUUGACCACUACUUUGUUGCUGCACUGCACGCAGGUGGACGCCGCAAAGUUGUCAGCGAAGACCGCUACCAACACAAAUGCGGAUAGUAGAAAUUCAACAAAUAAUGUGGAACUCAUGCACGCCGCUGAGAAAACAACAGCGACAGCAACAGUUGUUGUAAGUCAAACUGAUGCAAUUGUCGAGUCAAAGGCAGCCAAUGAUGAAGAUGCUUUGAAAGAAAGCGUAGAAAAAGUAGAUGCAGCAGAGAAGGACGAUGACAACGAAGACGAUGAUGAGAAAGAAACAGAUUUGGAUUUGGAUGAAGAUGUAGAUGAAGAUGAUGAUGAAGAUUCAACGAAGAAUGAAACAUCUUUAACGGCAGCAGAGAAAAAUGAAGAUGCCACCUCAGCGUUCAGUGUCUGGGGCAUUGUACGUAAUGUGUGGCAUUGGCUGAGAGAUGAUUUUAGUGAAAACCUAUUUGGUGAUGAUGAUGGCGAUGCAUCGGCGGGUGCACAAAAAGCGCUGGUGCGUGAGGUACGCGAUGUGUCCGAGGCGGCGAAGGCGGCAGUAGAAAGUCGCACAUUUGGAAAAAUCCGCCGCCUACAAAUGGCGAUCAUACCGCUAAUCUUCAAAUUCGGCGUACUCACCGCUAUGGUCGCAUUUCUCAUAAUGCUCGGCAUGAAAACUUUAUUCUUGGUGAAAUUACUUGUGCUCAUGAACGCCGCUGCCAUAUUGGCGAAAUUCAUUACAUUGAAGGCAAACUUUGGCGGUCAUGAACAUUCCGCACCAACAUGGAAUUAUCAAACUUGGACACCACAUGCAACGGGCGGUUGGGCGGCCUCAGCCCCAGGCACCUCGUACUCGCACAGCAGUCAUGAGCACCAGCCAACAAAGGAGAUCCAUCUGCACAUACAUGGCGGACAAGUGCAUGGUUAUGGUGGUGGUAGUCAAGGUGUUUUGAAUGGCGGCGGCGGUCAUGGGGGUUGGGAGAGUCGCAGUGAUCCCUAUGGUGCUUACGCGCCGACACUGGCGAGUGAAGCAGAGAACGAACUCGAUAAUUUGGGUCCAGUUGCUAUGUUGCCAACAAGAUAUCCCCCAAAUCCCAAUCACAAUUACCAGUAGAGGUGAUGCGUUUUAUGUCAAUGUAGUCAAUGAGUCAGGGUUUUCUCUCUAAAUACAUACCUUUAUAUUAGUAUAAAUUUUAUUUAUUUAUUAGUAAACUACCUGCAUGUUAAUAGUAAUGCUGCUGUUGUAUAUAGAUUUUUAAGCUUAUGGAAUGCUAACUUGUAAUAAAAUAA